AUGCCACUUGUGAACAAUAAGCUUGCGUCGAUGUCUGAUGAUGAAGACCCACCAAGAGCCCAAGCUGGUGCCGUUUUGGGAUUGGGAAAGAAGGAUAAAGGGAAGAAAGUGGUAGCUGAAGGAAAAAAGAAGAACGGAGGAACCGAAGGAUCGAGACGUAUCAAAAAGGAGAAGAAGAAAGAGGAAACUGGAGAUGCUACCAAUAAGACCAAUAUGACUCCAGCGCCGCCACAAGCUCAUCCGAUCGUCCAGGAAUGGGUUCUUCGUGCAUUGGAUUUUGGAGUCGAGAAACUUCGUGAGGAAUUUCGAGUUCUGGCAAAAUACACUCGUAGUGAUAUGACCCAGACUGUCUUCAACGCCAAUCACUCUACGGAUAUCAACGUCACCAAGAAUCGUUAUCAAGAUGUUCCAUGCCAGGAUCAAUGCAUCGUGAAACUGGAUCCUCCAUCUCCGUGCACCUACAUCCAUGCCAACUACGUCGGAUGUCCAAUGUAUCCUGAAAAGAGAUUCAUCUGUUGCCAAGGACCAUUGGAUCACACUUGCGAGGAAUUCUGGUGGAUGGUCAUCCAGAAUAAAGUGGAGCAAAUUGUGAUGCUUUGCAAAACGAUUGAAACUGGAAAACUGAAAUGUGCUCAAUACUGGCCGGCUGCUCAAGGAGAAAAGAAGGAAUUCAAGACGGGCGUCGUGGUGGAGAAUGUCUCGGGAACGAAGCCAAUGGAAAGAGAUGGAGAGAUUCAAGUGACGAUGUUGAAUGUUUCAUUCUCUGGACAAACAAUUUCUGUUCGUCAUCUUCACUGGACCGAUUGGCCGGAUCGUGGAGUUCCUCCAUGCAAGUUGACCAGUUUGGAGCUGCUAUCGGCUGUUCGUGGAUCAAGAGUUCCGAUUGUGGUUCAUUGUUCGGCUGGAAUUGGACGUACUGGAACUAUUGUAGCAAUUGAGUAUAUUCUUGAAAAAAUCGCCGAAAACAAGCAGUGUCCACCGAUGCCGGAUCUUGUGAAACAACUCCGUGAUCAACGUGCCUACUCGAUUCAAAACGAUCUACAGUACCUCUACAUUCAUCGUGUAAUGCUCAACUACUUUUUGGACAAGUACAAGGAGAAGUACGCUUCUCUUCUGACUCCGGAGAACGUUGCCAAGUACGAGAAGUUUGUAAAGGAUUACAAUGCUUCUAGAUGCAAUGGGUUGGAAAACGAAUCAUGGGGAAAUGGUACAAGUUGUCGGGGUUUUUUUUGGGAUUCUAUAUUAAAACGAACGAAAAAAGAAAGGAACGAAAUUCAAUUCAUAGGAAUUUGGGUGGUGGAUAAAAAAGGAGGAGCUCAAUAUUUUGGUGGCUCAAUAAAAUAG